AUGGUUGGAGCAGCUUCCCGACAGAACCGGAAAAGGCCAACGAAAGCUAAGGACAUUGAGGACCUGGUAACUCAACCGCCGAAAUCCGCUCGCUGGGAACCUGCCAAAUGGCGUCAAACUUGGGAGAACAUAAAACAAAUGAGGGUUAAUCGCGACGCACCGCAAAAGGCAAAGUUUAUAAAGAAAACCUGUGAAAUAUUACACAGUGACUAUGCGGAUGAUAUCCCAGAUACGGUGGAGAAGUUAAUGACCCUUCCAGGUGUGGGACCAAAAAUGGCGCACCUGGCAAUGCGCUGUGCCUGGAAGAUCAUCUCUGGAAUUGGAGUGGACACACACGUUCAUAGGAUAUCAAACAGACUGAAGUGGGUUCCGAAGCCGACGAAGACUCCUGAGCAGACUCGACUUGCCCUCGAGGCCUGGCUUCCAAGGCAU